GAGUGUAUCCCGUAGAGUUCAUCUUUCCUUGAAGCAAAAACGCAAUUCUUGGAGCAUAACCUACUUCAAGUCCAAUCCACGUUAAUAGUGAACUCAAAGCUAUACUCCCCCUCCUCAAUGCCUUGCAAUGGCUGCAAUUGCAACCUCCAACUGACCCAACACAGACACUUAUAAUAAUAACCCAAAAGAAGGGAAGGAAGAAUUUGUCUAGAGCAGUGGUCCCUCCUACUUAACCCAACCAAAGAUGAAUCCCAAUCGAGCUCUUAAUCUCCUCUCGUUCAUUGUCUCCUCCAUUACCUUGUUCCAUGUAUUCGUUGUGGCGGAUCAUGAGAAUCUUCAGGACAUGUGUCCUACCGCAACAUCGACUGUUCUUUUCAUGAAUGGAUACCCCUGCAAGAGCUCUGCGAACAUCAGUGCAUCAGAUUUCAAGAGCUCGAAGCUGAGCAGCCCGGGGGACACCAAAAACUUCCGACGAUCAGCAGUGACACUGGUCACCGCCGCGGGCUUCCCUGGCCUCAACACGCUCGGCCUCUCUGUCGCACGGUCCGACAUCGAGGUGGAUGGCCUGGUGGUGCCACAUUCGCACCCGAGGAGUGCGGAGAUGAUGUACGUGUUGAAGGGAGUGGUCAUAGCCGGGUUCAUGGACACGGAGACCAAUGUGUUCCAGAAGCGGAUGAAGGAAGGAGAGGUGAUGGUAUUUCCAAGAGGGCUACUCCAUUUCUGCUUGAACGAUGGUUUUGACGCGGCCACCGUAUUCUCAGUGCUCAACAGUCAGAACCCUGGCUGGGUCGGCAUUGCUGACGCCAUGUUCCCAUUUCAACCCAACUUUGAUGAUGUAGAUGUGGUGAACAAGCUCAGGACCAGGUUGAUUGCUUCUUCCAUGGAUAAUCAUUUGCGUGGGUAAAUCCUACUUUGGGCCGACUCUUAGUCACUCAUGUCUGAUUUCUCUAUGGUUGGAGGCAUGAAACUGCGGCAUGCACGCGUGUUUUUCUUAGGCAUGUAAUAUGUAUGAUAUGAACAUCAACUCGACUCUCCAUAAAUGCCAGCAUUCCAGUGCUCCAUCUGAAGCUA